AACGCGACCCAUGGAGCUUCCGAGAGAUGAACUCGAGCGCAUGAUAUUUUUUGAGGAAGCUCGUCAGCGCGCGGAGCUAGAUCAUAAGGAAAACCCGUUGGACCCACAGGUGCUCACUCGAUGGGGCGGUGCUUUGCUUGAGCUUGCGCACUUUAAGCAAGGAAAGGAAGCCGUUGAAAUGAUAGAGCUCGCAAUAGCGAAAUUUCAGGCCGCGCUCGAUAUCGAGCCGAAAAAGCACGAUGCUCUAUGGUGCUUGGGGAACGCGUUGACGUCGCAGGGAUUUUUAUUUCAGGAAGCACAGAAGGCUUGCAGUCAUUUCGACGAAGCAAAAACCUGCUUCCAGCGCGCCUUGAACGAGGAACCUACCAACGAAAUCUACAGAAAGGCGCUCGAAAUGACAGACAAAGCACCUGGCCUCCAUGCCGAGCUACAACGGCAGCUCGCGGAGCAACAAAUCUACCACGAAGCUUCUAAAAAUGUCCAAAAAAGCACCAAAGGUGUUGUGCUGGAUGACAGGAAAGUAACAGCUGAUUUCUGGUACGGCGUGGGCGGCUGGCUAUGCUUCAUGGGCGUUGCAUUUUCGUGGACCCUCCUGCUCGCGCGCCAGAAAGCAUUCUGAUAGGAUCAAUCUGCGACGGGCAGAGGAGGCAUCAAGCAGCUUUUUUCGGGCAGAUACGUAUAUAUUUAUAUAAACUGUUAGUGCAACUUC